UAGAUGUAACCCUCUGUCAGACAAGGAGAACGAGAUCCAGACCUGGGGAUAUUUCAGUGUUUUGUGUCUGAAACGUUUAUUUGUUGUAAUAGCCUGGGCCGUGUGAGGUGUCUCGGUGUGAAGGAGGAGCUGUGUUCGCCAUCUCUGUGCUGAUUUCUACCGCCAGGAGUGUACGUGGCUCUGCGGACUACCGGCUAGGAUCCUAAAUUCUCCAGUGAGCAGAGAUGCCGGUGCCACAGCUUCUCUUUGAUACUCUGGAAGACCUGGUCAAUGAUGAAUUCAAAACGUUCAAGUGGUACCUCUCGCAAAGGCUCUUGGACAGCUGCAGCCCGAUUCGGAGGUCCCAUCUGGAGAUGGCAUCCCGGACGGAAACCGUCAGCAAGAUGACAGAAAGCUAUGGUGAAGAGUUGGCUGUGAACAUCACCGCUGAGAUUCUGAAGAAGAUGGGCUUCAACAGCACUGCAGCAGAGUUGAAGAGGAAGUACGCAGAAGGAAGAAUGCCCUCCACCUCCUCCUCGGCUGUGGCACCCCCUGCUGCUCCUGCCACCAUGAUGGCUCAGCAAGGAAGUGUGAUUAUCGCCCCGUCAGUCACUGGUGGCACCUCUGGAUCGUGGAAUAUAACCAUCAAUAAAUAAACUCACCAAACCAGACCAGGAUGACUGAGAAGGACAUUUUCACAAUUGCUUGACAAUUUACUGAAGUUCACAACAGUUAAAUUUGGAAGUCCUCCAUUGCCAGAUGUACUAUUUUAAAGAACACCUGCCAGCUAAUCAGAAGCAAAUACUUUUUGAUAGCAUUUUAUAUUAAGUCCCCCUAUUUAGCAUUUAUAAAAGGUUUAUAACACACUAUUAAGUAGCUGUCAACAGAUGCAAGGGCAUUAUGAAGUGUUUAUUUAAACAACAUUUAUUCUAAUGAUUCCUAUGAAGAUAUAUUUUAUAUUAUUACAACUGUGUUUUAGCAUAAUGUCACAAAAAGUGUGUCCAAACUUUUGACUGGUAUUGUGCAUUGUAUGUGUAUAUAUCUACCUAUUGAAUAAUCUAUUCAAUGCUUGUAAAUGCAUAUAUCCACAGGGACUUAAAGUGACCUAAUUUUUGUAUAAAUCGUAAUAAAAAUCAUAUCUUUGAAA